AUGUCUGAAUGUAGAGUACAUGAAAGUAUACUGCAAAGCAUGAAGAAGGUUGUGUGCCACUAUCGAGAUAUAAUAUAUGUGAAUGAUGACAAAUAUGAAAUUGCUGAUCCAAUAACACUUUAUGGUGACGAAGUUUAUAAACUGAAUAGAAGCGAUGGAUUUAAAGUGUCUUGUAGUGGAGUUUCGAAAGAAUGUUACAAUAUAGUUGGAGACGGUACUCCAGACGCGUUGUUCCCAAUACUAUCAGGGAUGAAUGAUUUACAGCAUCCGCCAGCUAAAAGACGAUACACAAAUGACGUGUUUCUAGAGAUUGAACCAUUUAUAUUCCAUAAGGCAAAGAUUAACGGAUUUGGUCCAAUACGAGAGACAUUUGAAGGAAGAAUCGAAGAAAGGAUGGCGUUUAUGUCGAUAAUACUGCCAGAGAAAUUGAAAAGAAAUCGCAAAAACGCUUUGAAUUAUUUGAAAAAGAACGCGGAUGUUCUAACAACGCCAUUCGACAUACACACGACCAUACUAGACGCGAUGGGUUUGAAACAAUAUGCUAGUGAUUAUGUGGCAAGAAACUCUUUAAUGAAGAGAGGCUUGAGUCUAUUGGAACCGAUCUCAGUGUUACGCACAUGCGCCGAUGCUGAUAUACUGCCUUACUGGUGUGCGUGUAUGAAUAGUGAUUGGAAGGACGUUCCCAAUAACGAUACAAAAUUCGAAGAGGCCGGGGCAGCUCUACUCUCAUAUGUGAACAGAGCUAUCUACGAUCUAAGACAUCUAUGCGCUGAAAGAGAAUUGAAAUUAAUAAGAUGGGUCUUGAUUAAUGAUAAAAAAGACAUCGAAACCGAUAAAAAGAUUAUUAAUUACCAGGCAGUGAUUAUAACGAAACCAGGGCAUGGUGUCUUUGAAGGUAUGAUGGAAUAUGACAUUGAGAAGAAAUUGUUCGAAGUAAAAAAUGAUAAAGAUGUUUCUAGAAUAUCCGCGUAUGUAACUUCAUGA